AGCGCCUCGCGGGGCACAUCGCUUCCCGGCUCAGCUCCCUGCCAAGCCAGAAGGCAACAGGCACAAAGGGAGAAGACUGAAAAUGGGGCAAGCCGGAGAAGAUUCACUGGGGCUCAGCUCCUCUGCUGCCGAGCCAGCCCUGUUGCGCUUCAGACCCCGGCUCCGGAUGAUGGAACUGUUCACACGGAAAAUCAGAGGGAGAAUGUUUCUUCCCCCCCCCCCCAUCUAUUUCUUUGCCUCUAGCUUCAUUUUUCAUUACGGUGGCUGGCACACGAAGGAGACAGGUGACUUGUGUUGCGGCAGCCUCUCUUCCUUUCCACAAGGGAGCUGAUAGAUCUCUUUACAGGCAAAAGUUUUCAAUCUCUGUCAUUUCCUGCUUGCUCUAUGUAGCGAAUUAUUACUAAUGGAUCUUUUGCAUUAGUGUGCUGGAAUCUAGGCUUUUCAUUAUCAAUCGCUCCCUAGAAAGACUUUCCCUGUCUGUGUAUGGCAGGGUAACACAGUUGAUGCAAGCUUUGGCUGAAGAUUUGAUACAUAUGAAGCAAUUCGAGAGAUGAAAGCCUAUGCCAUAUUUUUCAACAUAAAUGGCAAACCUUGCAAUAUGAAUUGAAAGCAAAUGAAAUGCAAAGAAGGAAAGAGGAAAAACAGCUGACCCUAUCACUGGAGGCAAAAUAAGGCCGCUUGGUGUAUCUUUUCUUUUUUUUUUUUUUAAUAUCACUUCAAUACAAUUGCUCAAAGAAUGUGAAAUAAUGAACAUAUUAGCAAGUAGUAGUUGUUGAUUGAUGCCCAUCAUAAAAUGAAAACGGUCAAUUCUUGAUCUGAUUUAACAUCCAUUUAAAAAAAGUCCAACUGUUGCUGAAAUAAUAUCCUCGUAUCAAGUAGUGUUUCAGGUUGGCCAUCCCAGAGAUGAAAGUGAGCCUAUUUGAUAAACUGCAGUAAAGUGUGUGAUAAUCUAUCCAGUCAGUCUUUCUCUCAGGACAGGUAAGAAAAAAAAUCAUAGUGGAAAUAUAAAUGUAGUGUAACAAGUCCAUCAGAACAUUUCUUUGCAUAACACCUCGUCAGUUCACAAAAGUAAUUUCAUGUUUUUUGGAUGAAAUUUCAAAGAACUGCACUCUGAGCUUACCUGCAAUUAAUUUAUCUGAUGGGUUAAUAGAAAAGAAAAAUAUAUGAAGAAAUUAGAAGGCAGGACCACAAAUAUGGAGAAGGCAGCUAAAGAAAUUCAAAUGGAAAACACAGCACAAUCAGAAAAUCCUAGUGCAGCAAAACUGUGCUCUUCAACUGAAGAACAGGCAGAAAAACUCACAAUGUUUUGUUUUAAGAAAAGAAAGAAGCCAUGUAAGAAGGCAUUGGAGAUGAAAGGUGUCUGUGAAGAAGACUCUGUAACCUUGAAACAUACAAGCCAAUCCAUCAGUGCAGCCCCUGGAGAAGGGGAAGUUUCCAACCAAUCUCAGUCAUCAAGGGGAACCUGGACAACUAUAAAACGUCUAGUGACACCUAAGAGAAGGUCAAAAUCUUCAAGGAAGCAGACACACUCUGAUUCUCAAGUGCAACUGGAGAUAAAUGCUGAGGAUCCUGGCUUGCAAAGUUUUCCAAAGAAUCAGGUUAGUUCUGGGCUUAAAAUUCCCUGUAUACGGUUCUCAAGAGGCAAGAAAAAACCCAGCCAUUCUGAAAUAACAGAAGAAUCAGAUUGCAGUGUUAAAGCAAAUGAACUGAUGGGCAUUUUGAAUAAAGCUAACAGUGAACCAGAGAAUUUGGCAAUAACAGUCAAAUCUAGCAUGGAUCAAUCCUUCAGCCAAGCAUCUGAAAAAAGUGACAGGAACUCACUUAAUUCCACUGGGAAGAAUGCGCUUUUGGUAGAGUCCAGACCAGACAUUGAUCAACACACACAGUGCAUCGUUCAGUCUGAAAUAGCAAAUUCAGAGGCAGUUGCUAUAAUGCUCCAGGAAGAGCUACACCAGAAGAGCCUACAUGAAACUCCUGAACAUACACUUGUAGCAAACCAGGGAGUUGAUCUCAAUACCACCCUUAGCGCUAAUGUUUCUAAGGACCUGCCAGAUAGAGUAGCUGAAGCCACAGAGGUACAAGAAAUAAAUAACAUCCAUGACACAGGGCUUGAAUGUAGAGAGUCUGGAAGGAACAUAAAUGCUAGUGAAGACUGUAAAUCGAGAGAGAGAAUAAUGAGUUUCAAUCAAUCGGCAUUUAAAGAUGAUGCAGUAAGUGUGCAGAGCUGUUUAAAUGAACAAUUGAAAUUAGAAGAAAACAAGGAUGCCAGUGGAGUGAGCAUUGUGAUUACAAUUACUGAAGCAGAUGAUGAGCCUGAUGAAGAGGAGUCGAACCAGGACUGCAAACUGUCCUCAAUUUCAUGUGAACAUAAGCAAAAGGUGAAUAAAAAAAUAAGUGGGAACCUCAAUUUCAGUAAACUUUCUAAUCGCAAAGAGGCCGUAGUAGCAGGCAGUGGCCCCAGGAGGGAGGCUAAAGUCGGUUCUCCUGCUCAGUCACCCAAUGGUCUUAGUGAUCAGGAACACGGAACUUCAGAACAGUAUGAAUUGCUUCUGAUAGAAACUGCUGCUUCCCUUGUUAAGGCAGCGAUUCAGUCAUCUGUAGAACAGCUGGUUAAUGAAAUGGCUUUGGACCAUAGUAAACAUAACAGUGUUCUGUAAUGACAAGAAUGCCCCCAAUAUAGUCUGACUCAGCAGCAAUUUAAAAUUGUUUAGCACCAAGAUGAAAGGCUAGAAAGUCUUAACUCCUUAGGUAUUUGCGGUCUGUGUGUAGUGUAUUUCUGCAUGCUGGAUAGGCCAUUGUGUAUAUGUAAAAUGGAUCCAAGAAUAAGGACUCAGUCCUGCAAAGUGUUGACAGUCUCAUGAGAUUGGGCUUUAAAACAUUGUGAUUGUUGAUAGCUGUGGAAAAGGUAAGUUGUUUCAGUGGCUGUAUUUCAAUUUGUCUCUUUCGCAGUUUGGGGGCUCUAUUAUGUCACUAUAUAUUUUAGAUUUUUUCCUAUUGUUUAUAUUUUAUUUAUUAUGGGUUGCUGAGAACUCUCAACUAUAUUGGGCCUGUACUCAGCGUAAUCAGUUGGAGUUUUGCCAUUGAUUUCAGUGCCGACAAGAUGGGGCCCAUUGACUUCAGUGCAAGUUGAGCAUGUUCAGAACCUUGCAGGAUUGGGUCAGUGUCUUAGGAUGCUCUUUUAAAAAAUACUACAAUCUCAACUGACAUGUCAAUGCUAUUAUUGUAUAAAGUGAGGCAGGUAUAUAGAGUGCAUCAUGUAAUUUAGCCUGUUCCACUGCCCAGAAUGUCUUGCGCGUCUCAGAUGCCUUGCAGUCAUGCACUCUGACCCACGGGCAUGGGGUUGCCAAAAAAUGGUGCCAUUGAAGUCAGUGGUAAAACUUCCAGUUACAUCAGUAGUGCAGGUUUGGGCCUAAGUGAGCAAGUUACUGAUACUCUCUUCUGAUGCCUUCCUUUGUUUUUAUAAUGUUGGAGUGCUGAGGCCUGCCCAUUGCUUUAGCACAUUUUUACUAUGUAGUAUGUAAUAUAAAUAGGAGUGAGCUGCUAGUGCACUAGUGGUACAGUAUUGCCUCAGGGUUAAAAUAGUUCCUGCAGUUGCAAUGGUCUCCAAUCAGUCUGUUUGAACUUGAGCAUUUUUUGUUUAAUUACUGCUAAUGCCCUUGACUGCAGCCACCAUUUGUUUUAAUAAGUCUUAGGGUUCCCCCCAGCUUCAUAGCUCUUCCGAACUUGGGCAAACAAAUCCAUCCCAUCUGUGUGUAACUGCGUUAUGCCACUUAAUUUCUCCUUGCAGUUUCAUUUGAAUACACUAUCAUUGGCAUUGUAUUCUGAACUAUAAAAUCAUGACUGGUAUAGAGAAAGUAGACAAGGAAGUGUUGUUUACUCCUUCUCAUAACACGAGAACUAGGGGUCACCAAAUGAAAUUAAUAGGCAGCAGGUUUAAAACAAAUAAAAGGAAAUAUUUCUUCACACAACAACUGUGGAGUUCCUUGCCAGAGGAUGUUGUGAAGGCCAAGACCAUAACUGUUCAAAAAAGAACUGGAUAAAUUCAUGGAGGAUAGGUCCCUCAACGGCUAUUAGCCAGGAUGGGCAGGAAUGGUGUCCCUAGCCUCUGUUUGCCAGAAGCUGGGAAUGAGCGACGGGAUGGAUCACUUGAUACCUGUUCUAUUCAUUCCCUCUGGGGCACCUGGCACUGGCCCCUGUCAGAAGACAGGAUACUGGACUAGAUGGACCUUGAUCUGACCCAGUAGGGCCGUUCUUAUGUUCUUAACUGCUGGGUACUGCUGCUUUGAGCUGGAAUGGCCCAAUCCUGCUCCCAUUGAAGUAGUCAGAAAAACUUCAGAUCAAGCCCUUAAACACCUGCCAUAGGUGAAUCCUGAAACAGGUUUGUCAUUGACAGAAAAUACCAAAUGCUUUGUUGUGAGAGUUUUUCUGUAUGUUGUAUAAUAUAUACAGUAAGUGUGUGUGUAUCAUUUGCCCUGUUCAUUACCAGCUCUUUAAAAAGAAGCCUUUUGAUUGUAAUCUGUAAAGAAUGAAUGUGGGUCAUGGGGCUAUAAUUUAUGUGCAGCAGACAAAUAAACAACCAUAUUCUCCUGAAAA